AUGUGUUUGGAAGAGGAGGAAGGAGAGCCACUGAUUAAUCUGGAUGCUCCUAUUACUACAGGACAGAUAGAAUUUCUGGAAGGGAUGCUCCACAGGCUUGCUCCCAGCUGUGUCCUGGACCUGCCUUCUCAUCUUUCUAGUGCCACGAUUUAUACAGUCCUGUGUGUUCAGGGCAAGAGGUCUCCCCGGGUGGCCCAGAGUCGUGACAGUCCAGAGGGGCUGGCGUGUUUGGUGGGCGCCGCCUCCUCAUCAGAUGAAGCAGGAGGUACGCCGGUGGAGAAAGGCUUCUUCUGCGCCUUCUGCACUCGCGUGGGAAGUGGCCCACUUCUGCACACUCUGGUUCUCUCCCUCAAGGCCACAGGAGAAUGUGGAGUGCCUGAUCGUCAAGAACACGCCCCUCCCGUUCCUGGCGCUACCUCCCCCCGGCCGCGCGGUGGCGCUGCGUCCCCGCAGCGGCCGGGGCCUCUCUGGGGCGCUCGGGCGCGCAGGCCCGUGGGGACGCCAAGGGCUGCGGCCACGCGCGGAGAGGCUGCGGCUCUCCCACCGGUCACCCUGGCCCUUCUCUGCUUGGACGGUGUCUUCCUCUCCUCAGCCGAAAAUGACUUCGUCCACCGGAUCCAGGAGGAGCUGGACCGCUUUCUGCUGCAGAAGGAACUGUCGAAGGUUCUUCUUUUCCCUCCACUCUCCAGUCGCCUCCGGUACCUGAUCCAUAGAACAGCAGAGAAUUUUGAUCUCUUGAGCAGCUUCUCCGUUGGGGAGGGCUGGAAGAGGAGGACGGUCAUCUGUCACCAAGACAUCAGGGUACCCAGUUCAGAUGGCCUCUCUGGCUCCUGCCGCCCUGCUGCCUCCUACCCCAGCAAGUACCACGGUCCUCGGCCCACCUCAAACCAAGGAGCAGCUGCAGGGCCCCGAGGUGCCCGGGCUGGCCGGUGGCAUCGUGGACGCAAACCAGACCAGCCUUUGUAUGUGCCCCGGGUGCUGCGCAGGCAGGAAGAAGGGGUGCUGACCUCUACCUCGGGGCUCAAGGGAGAGGCCCAAGCUGGCAAGGACCCAGAAGAGCCUGGAGAUGUUGGUGCUGGAGACCCCAACUCUGAUCAGGGACUCCCUGUGCUGACGACUCAGGGAACAGAGGACCUAAAGGACCCAGGACAAAGGUGUGAGAAUGAGCCGCUGCCUGACCCUCUUGGCCCUGAGCCCCCGGAGCCUGAGAGUCAGUCAGGGAAGGGAGAUAGGGCGGAGACGGCCACACAACUUGAGUCCGGCCUGCAGCUGGACCUGGAAGAGGGGAAGGAGAGUCCACUGGAGAAGAGGCUGGUGGCAGAGGAGGAAGAGGACGAAGAGGAGAUGGAAGAGGACGGCCCCAGCAGCUGCUCGGAGGACGAUUACAGUGAGCUGCUGCAGGAGGUGAUGAGGCUCUUGAGCCCGGAAAGGGAGGGCGGAGGUGAGAUCACAGACAACCUGACGAAGAAGGAGAUUCAGAUAGAGAAGAUACACGUGGACACGUCCUGCUUUGUGGAGGAACUGCCUGGAGAGAAGGACCUGGCCCACGUGGUAGAGAUCUAUGACUUUGAACCAGCGCUCAAGACGGAGGACCUGCUGGCAACGUUUUCUGAGUUCCAAGAGAAGGGGUUCAGGAUUCAGUGGGUGGAUGACACUCAUGCACUCGGCAUCUUUCCCUGCCUGGCCUCAGCUGCUGAAGCCUUGACCCGGGAGUUCUCGGUGCUCAAGAUCCGGCCUCUCACACAGGGAACCAAGCAGUCAAAGCUCAAAGCCUUGCAGAGGCCAAAACUCCUGCAUCUGAUGAAGGAGAGGCCACAGACAAAUGUGACCGUGGCCCGGAGGCUAGUGGCCCGGGCCCUGGGACUCCAACACAAAAAGAAAGAGCGGCCUGCUGUCCAGGGUCCGCUGCCACCCUGAGGCCUGGAGACUCAGCUGGCCUGGAUCUGCACCCCGACGUAGCUGGCGCCCCAACACCAUAAGCCUUCACAGAUGCCGGAGCAGCCCCACGCCACCCUCAGGCUUCAUCAUGAGGCAAGGUGGGCUUUAGUUCAAUUUAGUCCCAGAAAUGGAGAAAAAAUAAAAAUUCACAUUGUUCUAAUGUGA